AUGGCAAAGUCAGUGCAAGAAAAGGCGGCCGCGACUGUGGCGGCGGACAGUGAGGUCGGCCAGGUGGUCGACUACCAGGCGCAUGACCAUGGAGCCGACUCCGGGCUCAGUCGUACCCUGGAGACGCGCCAUCUCCUCAUGUUCUCCAUCGGCUCGUCUAUUGGGAUGGGUCUCUGGUUGGGGUCCGGCACAUCGCUUGCCUCUGGUGGUCCAGCAGCUAUUUUCCUGGGCUACUGGAUAGCGGGCUCCAUCGCGUGGUUACUCAACCAGGCCGUGGGUGAACUGGCAGUCCUAUAUCCCGUCCCGAGCGCCUUUCCUCAGUGGUCUCGCAAGUUUAUUGACCACGCUGUAGCACUCACUGUCGGCUGGGCGUACUGGUUCUCGGGCUCGAUCACGCUCGCCAACGAGCUGCAGGCCAUCGUCACUGUGCUCCGGUUCUGGGACGACACCGUGCCCACCGCCGCAUGGCUGUCCAUCUUCCUUGUGACAAUCUUUGUCAUAAACGUCUGUGCUGUGCGCGUAUUCGGUGAAGCGGAGGCCAUCAUGUCCACAGUCAAGCUCCUCUGGAUCAUUGUCGUGAUCAUCUGCGGCAUCAUCAUAAGCGCUGGUGGCGCCCCCAACCAUAAGACCACGGGCUUUGAGUACUGGAACUCCAUGCCCUUUACACAUGGCUUCAAGGGCUUCCUGUCUGUCAUGGGAACAUGUAUUUUCGCCAUGUCUGGCUCCGAAAUGGGUGGUCUCGUUGCUGCCGAGGCACGCAGCCCGCUUAAGGCCGUCCCCAGAGCUGUCAACGCCAUCUGGCUCCGCCUCUCCCUCUUCUACAUCCUAGGCGCCUUGAUUGUCAGCAUCACUGUAUCUCCGACAAACGGGAAUCUUUUCGGCGGUGACGGCGUCAACGCCAGUCCCUUUGUUAUCGCGUUUCGCGACGCCGGCCUACCGGGCCUUGCCCAUGCCAUGAACGCCGUCAUCUUCAUCUCCGUCCUCUCUUGCGGCAAUGCGCAGGCCUAUGGCGCCACGCGGACCCUUGUCGGCCUCGCCGAGAUUGGUAUGGCGCCCAGCUUCCUCCAGAAAUGUGACAAGCAGGGACGUCCUUACUACGCCGUAGCCCUAACUUUCCUCGUCGGCGGAGGGCUGUGCUACCUCAACGUCAGCAACUCCGGAGCUACCGUCUUUGCUGUUUGGCCGCUUGGUGAGCCAAGCUCUGCCAAAACCUUCUUCGCCAAUUACGUUUCCAUCGUGGCAAUCGUGGUGCUAUAUAUCGCGGCCAAAAUCUACUAUCGGGGGCCGCUCUGGGUCAGGGCGAAGGAUAUCGAUCUCGAUGCUGGCCGUCGGUUCUAUGUCGACGAUAUUGAUGCAUUGAAAAGGCGGACUUUUAUGAAUAAGGUGGUGGAUUUUUUCACGGGUGAUGGAAGUGUAUAG